CUGUGGAGAGGAAAUGUGAGAGCAAAGUUAGGAGGAACGGGUCGGCGGUGAGGCACUGCGCCAAAGUUGUAUGAAAAAAAGGGAAAGAAAGAAAGAAAGGAAGGAUUGUGCCACCUCCUUUCUUUCGAUUUUUCUGUUAGUGGAAUUAUCGGCGCAAUCCUUUAUUGUGUAUAAAACUGGACUUUCGUUUAAGUCGGAAAGAUACGCCGCGAGAAGUCGGUACUCGAUGGUGACCCCAUCGGAGCUGCGGUAUGCUUCAGUGUGCCCAUUUGUGGCAGAAUGAAUGUUGUGGACGCUGGCAGCACUGCUAGAGGUGAUGGCAGGGUCUAUCCUCUGCAGAUCUAUCCUCGGUUAUCUCCAGACCUGGCACAAUGCUGCAAGCUGCAAGUCUCCAAGAGCACCACAGCAGCUGAGGUCAUACAGAAUGUUGCUGCUUUGCUCAAACUGGAUGCCACAAAAUGUUACGUGCUAGCAGAGGUUAAGGAAUGUGGUGGGGAAGAGUGGGUGUUGGAAGCUGGUGACCUCCCAGUUCACAGAGUUCUGCUGUGGCCACGCAGGGCUCAAGAGGAGCACCCGCAGAGUGAAGGGUUCUACUUCGUCUUACAGGAACGUAACUUGGAUGGAUCCAUUCGUUACAUGCAUCUUCCGGCUGCUCAUGGUGUGGAUGAUGCGCGCUGCUUGUUAGCACGGGGCUUCUUGCCCCCCAGACAGCAGGAAGUGGAUGACUUGUGCAACUUGCCAAACCUCACCGAGGAAUCAAUCCUGGCCAAUCUGAGACUCCGUUUCCAACACCAUAGCAUCUACACUUAUGCAGGCAGCAUCCUCAUUGCCAUUAAUCCCUUCAAGUUUCUGUCUAUCUACAAUCCCAAAUAUGUUAAGAAAUAUGACAACCACCAGUUAGGAAAACUGGAGCCUCACAUCUUUGCCAUUGCAGAUGUUGCAUACCAUACUAUGCUAAAGAAGCAAGUCAAUCAAUGUAUUGUGAUCUCUGGGGAGAGUGGCUCAGGCAAAACGCAAAGCACCAGUUUCCUGAUCCACUGUCUAACAGCAUUGAGUCAAAAGGGUUAUGCCAGUGGUGUGGAGAGGACCAUCCUAGGAGCUGGACCUGUUCUGGAGGCUUUUGGCAAUGCAAAGACCGCACACAACAACAAUUCCAGUCGCUUUGGAAAGUUUAUUCAAGUCAACUACCUGGAAAGCGGCAUUGUCCGAGGAGCGGUUGUGGAGAAGUAUUUGCUGGAAAAGUCUCGAUUAGUAUCUCGGGAGAAGAAUGAAAGGAAUUACCAUGCGUUUUACUACCUGCUGCUUGGAUCUUCAGAAGAGGAGCACAUGGAAUUUAAGCUGCUCCGGCCUGAAGACUACUUCUACCUCAGACAGGAGAACUUUCAAAUUGAAGAUGGUGAGGACCAUAGGCAUGAAUUUCAGCGGCUCAAACAAGCCAUGGAGAUGGUUGGCUUCCUCCCAGCCACCACAAGACAGAUUUUCUCAGUGCUGUCUGCCAUAUUGUACCUUGGGAAUGUAACAUAUAAGAAAAAAUCGACAGGGCGAGAUGAAGGACUUGAUGUGGGUCCUCCAGAGGUGCUGAGCAUCCUGUCAGAGCUUUUAAGGGUGAAACAGGAACUGCUGGUGGAAGCACUGACCAAGAGGAAGACUGUCACUGUCAAUGAGAAACUGAUCCUGCACUACAGCCUCAAUGAGGCUGUCACGGCUCGUGACUCCAUGGCAAAAUCACUGUAUAGUGCCUUGUUUGAUUGGAUUGUGUUGCGCAUCAACCACGCUCUCCUCAACAAGAGAGACAUGGAAGAGUCUAUUUCUUGCCUAUCCAUUGGGGUCCUAGAUAUCUUUGGAUUUGAGGACUUCAAGACCAAUAGCUUUGAGCAGUUCUGCAUAAAUUAUGCCAAUGAGCAGCUUCAGUACUACUUCAACCAGCACAUCUUUAAGCUGGAGCAGGAAGAAUAUAAGAGUGAAGGCAUUACAUGGCAUAACAUUGACUACACGGACAAUGUGGGCUGCAUCCAGCUGAUUAGCAAGAAGCCUACAGGCCUCUUCUAUCUGCUCGAUGAGGAAAGCAACUUUCCUCAUGCUACUAAUGAGACUCUUUUGGCAAAAUUCAAGCAGCAGCAUGAGGACAAUCGUUUCUUUGUGGCAACACCAGUACUGGAACCAGCGUUCAUCAUUCGCCACUUUGCAGGAAAGGUCAAAUACCAAAUCAAGGAUUUCAGGGAGAAGAACACCGACUACAUGAGACCAGAUAUUGUGGCACUUCUCCGCAGCAGUGAUCGAGCCUACAUUCGUGAGCUUGUUGGCAUGGACCCAGUAGCAAUGUUCCGCUGGUCAAUCCUUCGAGCCACUAUUCGUGGUAUAGCAGCUUUUCAGGAAGCUGGGAGAGCUUGGGCUGCCAAGACAGCAGGUGUUGUACGACGAGGCUCCCGUAUACCACUUGGAGAGUUAAAGAGAGCUAAUACACCCAUUGAGAAGAUGUAUCGCCGCUGCUCGCUUCUCGAUUUCUCCUUUGAUAAGUCUGAGGAGCUACCUCUAGAGGCAUUUGAGGACAUCUUUACUUACUAUGACAAUAAGAAAGAUCAGCAUGCUCAAAUCAUGAAAAGUAUUAGAGGCCUACAGCUGGACAGUGAAGAUCCCGGCAAGUUUCUACGUUCAUGGAGACGAACCCAGCAGCCUCGCAGUCAUGAUCAGAAAAGCAGAACAAACAAGCAAAAGCAGUUAAUUCCUAAGAACUUGUUGGAUUCUCAGUCUCUGAAGCACAUUGUCAGCAUGACACUCUAUGAUCGCACCACUAAGGCAUUAUUACACCUGCACAAGAAGAAGAAACCCCCUAGCAUCAGUGCACAGUUCCAGACAUCACUAAGUAAAUUGCUGGAAACGUUAGGCAAAGCAGAACCUUUCUUUAUCAGAUGCAUCCGUUCAAAUGCGGGGAAGAGGGAACUCUAUUUUGAUGAGGCAUUAGUGCUGCAACAGCUGCGUUACACAGGGAUGUUAGAGACGGUUCGAAUCAGGCGCUCUGGGUAUAGUGCCAAAUAUACAUUUCAGGAGUUUAUUGAUCAUUUCCGGGUCCUACUGCCGAAGAAUUCCAGAGCAACCCAAGAUGUGAUCUCUGCCCUCUUCACAAAAAUGGAACUAGAUAAAAACAACUACCAAAUAGGAAGAACCAAGGUAUUCAUGAAGGAAUCCGAGCGCCAAAGGUUGCAGGAUAUUCUUCACAAUGAGGUAAUUCAGAAGAUUAUCUUUCUUCAGCGCUGGUUCCGUGCCAUACUGGACAGGAGGCGAUUUCAGUGUAUGAGGAGAGCAGCUAUCUCCAUUCAGAGGGAAUGGCGUACCUAUCGCUUUUACCAGAAGAAUACAGCAGCAAGGAUUAUCCAGACUUUGUGGCGUGGUUACCGUCAAAGAAUGAUAUACCAGAAGCAACUGCAAACAGUUCUGAAGAUUCAAGCUAUAGCCCGUGGACGCUCUGCACGAGAACGGGCCAGUAACCUACUUAAAAAGAAGCAAGAAGCUGGGGAGACAGAGAGACAGCUACGUGCCAAUAUCCAAGCAAAAGAGGACAGUACCCAGCCCACAAAAGAAAUCAAACCCAUUAAUGAGGUGGGGAGGCCUGCUGAGCAGCAAAUCUACAAGCAUUCUGCUAAGAAUGAAGGAGAACAUCAAAAUGGAACUUCCAGCAAGAAUGAGACUGCGCGGGCAGCUGAGUUGCAAAUGGACAAGCAUCUUGGAGGGAUUGAAAGGUGGCAGCCAGUUAACCCAAUGAUGGAUAAAACGUUCCCCAAAAAUGAGGUAGAGCAACCAACUGAGAACCUUAAAGAUGAGAAAGACAGAAAGACCCCUCUGCUGUCCCAGAAAAGCCUUUCUACUGAGAGUAUUGACAGACAUCCUAGUAAUCAGGAAAAAAGAGAGCGGCGCAGACAAAGGGGCCUUGAGCAUGACAAGCUGCAAAACAAGCUGGCAUCCAGUGCCAGCCUAGAAGAACAUGUGCCCAAUACAGUUUUCAGUGAAAAGGAGCCAGUCAGAACAGACUCCAAGGAGCUAGACCAGUACAUUUAUAUUGAAGUGAAAGUAAAGGAUUCUCCUGGGAAGAAAGAUGGCAAGCCAAGCCCAAGCAUCUUACCUAGACCCAACUCUUUGCCUCUCAAUACCAUAGGGAGCAGUGAGACAUCCUGCAAGGAACCGAGCAGCCCCAACAGCAGUGCACUGCAGCGAUACUCUAACCAGGCAGAGCUACUGAACAAAGCAGAGCGCUGGCGAGAACGGAGCAAGCAGGAAGGAGGUCCGGUGGAGACACCAGAGCAUUUUGGGAAUAAGGAGAGCCCUGCUCCUCUGACAGACAGACGACAUUCUGGAGACGGUGCAGUGGGCUUAUUGUCCAACAAAGAGGCCCUAGGCACACAUCGCAAGCGGAGGCUAGCUCACAUUCGCAGUGAGCUGGUGCACAGAGACUUGGAUAUGGAAGAAACUGAGUACUGGCCUUCUCCCCUUCCACUUCUCACCCCUGAUUUACCUGCCACCUAUUUACUUCCCAGCCCCAGCAUGCAGAUUCCCUCAGGAAGUAUUGCUGAUGGAGCAAUGCCCUCCAUCCCAAAGAAAAAGAGGGAUGAAAACGAACAGAGACCAACAACUCCCCAGCAUCCUAAUCCAUUUCCACCAGACACCAAGACCGGUUUUUUUCGCAAGAUACUAAAGAAGGACAAGCGAACACCCAGAGAUGCUCUGCAGACUCCUGAGGAGCCAGAGAUGACUUUCUCUCAAAUAGUGGCAGAGUGUGUAGCCUCGAAAACUACAGUUGAAGGACCCCAACAUCAGCAACCUCGUCCACAUCCUGGAGAAUCUGCCACUCUGAAACUGAGGCGGAAUUGCAGCAUUAAGAUAAGCAAUGUGUCAGAACAGUGGGGUGAUUCAAAGCUUUGUGAGAUCUCUAACAGCAAUGAGUUGAAAGAACUUGAUGAGUUUCUGGGCAACCAGGUAAAUGACUUGCGUUCUCGAGGAAUAAAGCUGUCUGAAGUUGAAAAUAUUUUCAUCACAGCAACUGUGCAGUUCCGUGAAACUCUCAAGAGCAUAUACUCUGUACAAAAACAGAGCUUAUCCUACAAGGAACUUUUGAAGAUCUAUAAGAAAAAAGUUGUCCGUUUAGCUGGAGAGAAGCAAAAAACCGAGGUUCAACUGGUAACCAACCUAUUCCAGUCGGUGCUGGAUGGAUUCAUUCGUAGAGAAGUUAAGAAAGGAGAAGUAGAUCCCAAAUCCACGAAAGCUGAGAAAAGGAGAAGAAAGAAGGAAAAGUCUCUGGAAACAUACAUGGGCCACACGUUAAUCAGCUACCAAGUAAGCAUUGUACAGUCCUGUGAAUGGUGUACAUCAUACAUAUGGGUCAUGGAAAAAGCACUGAUGUGCAGAUCAUGCAAGAUGGCAUUUCACAAAAAAUGCAAAUGCAAGAUUCAGAGUGAGUGUCCAGUAGGCUGCAGAAGAAAGGGUGAACCAGAGUCACACCACUUUGGUAUUUCCAUCUGCUCCCUCACCAGUGACAAGAACCCUGUUCCUGUAGUCAUGCAGGUUCUACUAGAGUAUGUAGAGAUCCAUGGGCUUUACACUGAAGGCAUCUACCGAAAGUCUGGCACUACAAACCGCAUGAAGGAACUGCAAAUACUUCUGGAGUCAGAUCCCACCAAAGUCAACUUGGAAGGCUUCCCUAUUCAUGCUAUUGCAGGCGUUUUGAAGAAAUGGCUGCGUGACCUGCCAGAGCCCCUGAUGACCUUUGCACUUUACAAUGACUUUCUUCAUGCUGUUGAUCUGCCAGAGAAGCAGGAACAGGUUCAGACCAUCUACAGAACUCUGGGCCAGCUACCCCCUGCCCACUACAGUACCCUAGAGAGGCUGGUUUUUCACUUGGUCAGAGUGGCCAAGUUUGAAGAAUCAAAUCGCAUGUCACCAAAUGCCCUGGCCAUUGUCUUUGCACCAUGUAUUCUUCGCUGCCCAGAUAAUGAAGACCCCCUGAUGAGCAUGAAAGAUAUUGCCAAGACAACCAUGUGUGUGGAAAUGAUUAUAAAUGAACAAAUAAGAAUAUAUAACCAGAAGAUUGAAGAGAUCGAGCAGCUGGAGUUUGCAGAGACUCUUGCCGUCAACCAGCUCAGAUUGAAAAGGCAGAAUACGCCCUGGCUUUUAAAACUUGGGUACUUUCUUCCUUCUGGAGAGGUGAUCACUGUGAAGCGAACAUUGGAUGAAACCAUGUCUGAAGACUAUGAGCCCACUGAUUCUGAUAUUGAAGCUGAUACUUUGAUCGAGCGCAUCCGGUCCAUUAAACAAGAGAAAGAAGAAAUUACUUACGGACUCCCAGAGCUGGACCACCCUGGGUCAGACCAGGAAAAUGUUGAUUCUGAGGCAUCCGCUAGUACAGAGAGUCUUUUGGAAGAGCGCCCAAGCAACUCGGACACGGAAGGAUCUUUGAAGAAGGCCUUGUCCCAGCUGUCCUCCAAGAACUCCAGGCCACAAUUUGUGCAUUCAGAUUCGAGCCUCCACUAUGCCACGGUACGAAGUCAGUAUGGCUCAAUUAAGGUGCCCAGCCGCAACCCCAUCAUGCCAACAUCAAAUAUCAAGCUGCCCCCUGGUAUGCAGAAGCAGGUCAGCACUGAGCUGCUGCCUGAGAGGAAACUGAAGAUACUACAGCUGGUAAAGCUGCGUGAGCAACCAGCGCGACGUAAAGACAGCAUCCAUUCUGUAUACAUAAUGCCUGGUGUAGAGCCGAUCCUACUGCCACCCAGCGUGGGUGACUGCAAUUCUAGUGACAAAUUCAAGAGACGUUUCUCCAACCCGGAUAUACCUUACAUUGAUGAACAAGGCGAGGCCUGAACAGAACUGCUUUCUUUCCAGACUGCACUCUGUUUCACAAAGCACUUUCAGUAUGUCGCUUACUGCCACCUCAUAGAUUCGAGGGACCAGUGGCAAUGUGCCUUAUUUUUUUUUUUUUUUUUUUUAAUCUCCUUGAUUGUUUUUAGUGUUAUUUUUAUUAUUAUUAUUUUUUUUUUUAAUAUGAGAUUUAAAGUUGCUACUCCCAUGAUGUAGAUUUGACUUCUGGUCUUGGAGCAGCACUGUUCAUUUGACUGAGACCUUUGGCUUCAUAUGCUGCUUAUUCCUAAAUAUGGCUCCUGCUCCCCCUACACUGUGAGAACACUUGACAGUUUCUCUUCUGUUAUGGUCUUGCCCAGCCAAUCCCGCAUUUCUUCUAAUGGAAAUUUUUUCCCAGUCUUAUUUGUUUUUGCUAUGCUUGGAGCCAUGGAGUAACUUGACCUUUACCUGCAAUAUUUAUUUGUUAACUUUAUACUUUUUUUUAAUAGCACAGAAUAAAUAAAAAUACUAAAACAUUCCAA